AUGACCGAAGAAUUGAUUAUGGAUACUAUUGAUCUGCCAGAAUGUAUUCCAACAAUGGUUCCAGAUAAAUCUGAAACAUCAGCAUAUCAACAUUUGAUAGAUGAACUAGAGAAAUUACAAACUCUGCCAACAAAAACCGCUGAAUUGAAGAAAGAAAUGUGGUCACAAUUCUUAGCUCUGUGGUGCCAAAUUCUUCAGACUUCUCCGUCUGAUGCUCAAUCAUGUUACGAAAAAUGUGCUGCUAUUCUACCUCGUCUAUUCAAAGAAGCUAAUUUUUAUUUCAUUCGAAAAGAUGUGAAUAUUGCUCGAGAGAACUGUUUUGCAUGCAUUUCUCAACUCAAUCAUCCGAAUAUGAGAUAUUUUCUUCAGUUACCAACCGAACAACAGGAUUUACCAGAGAAUAAGAUUUAUCACCAACAUAUUUACUAUCUUUUACUGAUUGCUACACAAACAAUUUCAUUUCUGCCAUUCGCAACGAUCGACGAUCAACAAUUUAUUGAAAAUCAUUCAGAACUUUAUAGUCUUUUAAUUGAACAUAUAGAACAAAGCAUGCCCGAACAUUGUGAAACAGUGAUAGAAAAAGAACACAAUUUAGGCACCAUCAAUUCACGUAGUCUUAGUUUACUUUGGAAUACAGCUGAUCGAACUGUACUUGUUCCGAUAUUGUUGAAAUGUGAUCUAGCCAAGAAAGUUAUGGGCUGGCUUGCUCAAUCGGCUAAAUUGACAGACACUGGUCGUCGACCUCUAAUCAGUAUCGUUCAUAAUAUUGCUCGACAUGAUGAUGGAGCCGAUGAACUCAACAAAUACGGUGCGAUCGACAAAAUCAAAGAAUAUAAAAAGAUUACACUAGAGAAAACAGAUUCACGAGUUUUGACUACUUUGAUGGCUUUGGCUCUUCUCUCCACACCUGAAGAACUCAAACGUGAUAAGAAAGGCAUGAAUAUUGUACUUAAUCAAUUACUUCAGCUUGUUAUCGAUGCUGCCAAAGGUGAUCGAUAUCGACGUGAUGGUUUUCAUGUUAGUGAACCAUUAGGUGUCUUAGUAAAAAUGUUUGUUGUUGAAGAACGUACGCUGGACUAUGUCUUGUGUCAUGCAGAAACGCACCCACCAUCGGAUAUUCACUCAACAAUUCGUUUAUUCGCAUCAUUACUCUUCAAAUUUGCUGAUGCAUUAAAAGGAACAGAUCGACUCGAACAAUUUACAUUGAUAGCUUUAUUAAAUAUUUUCUGGAGUAUAUCAUUUCAAGAGAUUUAUGCAUCAGAAUUAAUUCAAGAUCAAGAAUUAAUAGUAACAAUUCAAAAACUCGUCGAAAAUGAUCAAGGAGAAGAGAUUCUCGAACAAUACAAACCACGAUCAAUGGAAGGUGUUAAAGAAGCAGCACAUGGUAUUCUACAUAAUCUUAAUCGAGACAAUAAAAAUGAGAUGAUAGUCGAUAAAAAGAGUACUUCUAUCGAUGCUCUCGUUUCGAAUCCAAUCGAAGAAAUACAAAGGAAACCAUCAAUUAUGAUUAGUUAUUCUCAUGGAGAUAAUAUUUUUUGCAACAAAGUACUUGAUUUAUUAACUAAACAUAGUGAUGUCUUUGAGAUAUGGAUCGAUCGAACACAUUGUCAAGGAGUUGAAGAUUUAUGGGAGUCGAUUGCUGAUGGUAUGGAACAAGCAUCUAUCAUUGUAUGUCUUCUUUCAAGUCAAUAUUUUGAAAGUAAAUCAUGUCGAAAAGAAUUUAUCUAUGCUACGGAUUCACUCAAGAAAAAAAUUGUACCUGUAUUAAUUGAGAAUUUCGAACCGAAAGGAUGGCUUGGUGAGUUAAGAAAAGAAAAUCAUUUCUCGACUCGAUUUGUAUUCAUUCGUUAA